AAUUGCAAUUUUUAAAAAAAAAUAUCCAAUUUCAUAUUGAAUUCGCCGUCUUUAUCCAUAUUCUCGACUUUCUACCUCGCCAGCAAAACGCAAGUUUAAAGCUCCGGAUCCACGACUCAGUGAUCGCCAUCAGCGAGAGAGAAAUCGUGAGAGGAAAACAGCAGAAAUGACGUUGAAGCUGUACGUAGAUCGUAUGUCCCAGCCUUCUCGAGCUGUUCUUAUUUUCUGCAAGGUGAAUGGGAUAGAUUUUGAGGAGGUCAUAGUACAGCUUGAUAAAGGCAAGCAUCGGUCUCCUGAAUUCCAAGAAAUUAACCCCAUGAAACAAGUGCCUGCAAUAGAGGAUGGAAGAUUCAAACUGUUUGAGAGCCAUGCAAUUCUCAGAUAUCUUGCUUGUGCAUUUCCUGGCGUUGCAGAUCAUUGGUACCCAGCUGAUCUAUACAAAAGAGCAAAGAUAGACUCGGUGUUAGACUGGCACCAUGCUAAUUUACGCCGUGGUGCAGUUGGGUAUGCUUUAAAUACUACACUUGGACCUGCACUCGGCUUGCCAUUGAAUCCACAAGCAGCGGCCGAAGCUGAGAAAGUCCUGUUGGCAUCCCUUGAUAAGAUUGAGUCCUUUUGGCUCCAAGGAAAUGGACGUUUUCUGCUGGGAAGCACCCAACCGUCCAUUGCAGACCUUAGCUUAGUUUGUGAAUUAAUGCAACUCGAGGUCGUGGAAGAGAAGGAUCAGGGAAGAAUAUUAAGCCCAUACAAGAGAGUUUUGAGUUGGAUUGAUGAUAUGAAGAAAGUGACGAGUCCACAUUUUGAUGAAAUACACACUGUUCUCUUUAAAGUCAAAGCCAGGCUGCAGAAACAAAGAUCUGCAAAAGCAAACUUGCACUCAAAGAUGUAAGACAUUGUGGUUAAUUGAUACUGACCUAAAGUAAUGUUGUAAGUUUGGUCCUCAAUCUCUCAAAUGUACCAAAUAAGAUGAAUCCCUCAAAAGUAAAAUGCAUUUUUGUUGCUUGAA